GGAAGCAGGAAGCAGCGGAGCUCGGCCGGCGGCAUGGCCGGGGGCGGCCCGGCGACAAGGACACCUACCCAUGGUCACCUUAUUGUUGAAGUGUGGAGCAGAUCCCAGCCUUAUUGAUGGGGAAGGAUUCAGCAGCAUUCAUUUGGCAGUGCUGUUUCAACACGUGCCCAUUGUAGCUUACCUCAUAUCAAAGGGCCAGAACAUAGGCACAGCAGACUUCAGCGGACUUACGCCUUUAAUGUUAUCAGCACAGAAAGUGGUGGGACCAGAGCCCACAAGAUUUCUACUGAAGUUUAACCCCUCCCUCAGUGCUGUGGACAAUGUCCAGAAGAACACUGCUGCAGUAACAUCAGGAAAUGUUAGUGCAGUGGAGCUACUGCUAGAAGCUGGUGCUAACAUGGACAUUAAAACUGUCAAGGGAGAGACAGCCCUUGACCUUGCAAUUCAAGCUCAGAAUCACUUCAUCAUUUAUAUGUUAAUGGAGGAAGGAAGAAUGAGAAGCAAAAGGAAUGACAGGUUACUGAGAAUGAUGGAGAAAUACGAGCUGUUCCUGCUGCUGGCAUCUUGCUUGACUGUGUUGUGGGCCAUAGGAUACGUAAUGAACUCAAGUUCUGAUUCUUGGCUUUUGAAAGGAUGCCUGCUUCUCUUUCUGCUGGUUGGGAUGGCCCUGUCUGUGAGGCAGUUUGUGGGAGUCAAGAAUCUGAGGUAUCUUCCCACAGCACUGAUGCUAAGUUCCGUCUUUUGGAUGUCUGUGACGUGGUUUUUCUGGUUCAUGCCUGAUGUGACCAAUGCCAUUGUUGAGAUCCCUGUCAUGUUCAUCCUAGUGGGUCUUCUUUAUUUUUUCUAUAAAGCCUGAAGGACUGGUCCUGGAUAUAUUAAGUCUUCAGAAAAAGACAAAAAAGAGAACAUUGCAGCUCUAGCAGAAGCAGGGUGCUUGGACUUCAGAACAUUCUGCACGUCAUGUCUUGUAAGGAAGCCCUUGAGAUCUGUGCACUGCGUUCCUUGUGAUUCAUGUGUAGCCAGAUAUGAUCAGCAUUCUCUGUGGAUUGCACAAUGCACAGGUAAGAGUCUUUGCUUUAUCAAAGCUGAAAAUUUCAUGCCUUAAGAGGUGUUGCAGAAAUAACAUUUAUCUACUUAAAGAGCAAACCUGAUGCAAGAGCACACUGUAGAGACUGCAGGCGUUACUGAGAGUUGCCCGAGAGUCUUAUCUGAUAGAAAUCUUUUCUGUCGCCCUCCUUCCCUUGCCCGUCUCCCACAUCAGGAUUUAUAAUAAACUGGUCGGACCAACAUUUGAACUGCUGUUUCUUAAUCUUAUGCCAGGUACACAGAUAUGAAAAAGAACCUCCUCUCCCUCCUAUGGAGCGAGACCCCCCUGACGGAACAAACAUUUCUGUGCUCCCACACGGCCCUGCUGAUCAGUGGGUCUGACCAGGACUGGUUCCCAUCGCUUACUAACUUAUUGCCCUUAAUGGCCAGGUACACUUAGAGAGGACUCUCCCACAGACUCUUCAGAUGCUGUUAGCUUUGCUGAAUGCAAGAGGCAAGCACUGAUCAUUAAUACAAAUAAUAUUUGAGAUCUGCAGAACUAGGAAGGAAACACAGGAGUUGACAGAGGUGUUAGGGUAUCCCUCAUAAACCAGUAUGUCUCCAAAGCUUGAUUUCUGCUGUUAGGCAGUUAUACCUUUAGCCUGCAUCAGGAACGUAUGAGAAUGUGAGCGCCAGCCUAGUAUACUGAUAUACAAUUAAGCAGCAGAUCAGAGGGUAGUCCUGAUGGAGCUUUUCUGCAUACAAAUGCCUGCUAACACCUAGAGAGGGGCUGUGGCUCACGGCAUCGUGCCGCAGGUUUUCCUUCACGAAGAGAACUGUUGUCUGUGCUGUAAGCCACAUUACUGCUCUCUCCUGGAUGAGACUUGCUCAUCUAGAAGCUACGUGCAGGGGCUACCACUAUCCACAGCCCUUAACGCACGAACCAGAAGGAUACAUUCAUCAGAACAGGUACUGAUCAAGGUAGAAGUCUCCAUCGCUUUUUUCUAACUGUGAUUUAUCACUUUGCUGCUCUUCAGGUGGGUAAAGAGCUGGAAAUGUUUUCAAUGAAUUUCAAGGGAAGGUUAGAAAUGUUACUAAACGUGAAUUGUUUCUGGCCAAGAAUGCCAAGAACCUUUCAGAUGCAAAAGGACAUAAAAGGAAGAACGCUAUUCAUAUGUACGAUGACACAAAUCUGACCAACAAAUGCCAGGAAAGGCUGCUAUGUGAGCCCAGCCUGAGCAGUCACAUUAACUGACAGAUGUGUAUAGAAUGCGUGUUAAUGGUUCAGGCCUGGUUCAGUCUGGAUCUGUGACUGAUGGUGCAGGGGGACCCACGGAGCCAUGGCCUGGGAUGGGCCUAAAAACAAC